CCCCCGACCCCUGCCAGCGCCUUCCAUCUCCGCCAGGAACGCGCUGGGCGAGCCCGAUCCGCGGCCAGGCCCUCUCCCCUUCCCGGGGAGCCCCUGCCCGUCCCUCCAUUUGAGGUGUUUUCGGCGAAACGCUUGCAGCGGGGGCCGUGCCGCCUCCCCUCACGCCGAGGGGGCUGCCCGGCCCGGGGCCGGCCGCCGGGCACGUUUCCAAGACGGGAAGGCGGCCCUGCGGAGCCGGUCGCUGCUGUCAGACCCUGCGUUACCUCUCGGCCGGGACUGUCACCUCUGACUUGCGGACAGCUUCCCUCCCGCUUGCGGAGCGGGGCCAGUGCGCUGCGCUCUCGCAAGGGACAGCGCCAUCUCGACGGGGGGCACCGGGCCCGGCGCAGGCCCGCCCCGCCCCAGCGGUCUCCCCUCGGCCUUGCGCAUGCGUCCUGCGGCUGGCGGCGGCGGUGGAGGGGCCUGUUCGAUGUCGGCGGCGCCACGGAGGCUUCCGGGAAGAUGGCGGCGUGGAGAGCGGCGCUGGCGGCGGCGGCCCGCGCUCCGCUGAGGGGGCGGCUCGCCGGGCUGCGGCCCCCGCGGAGCCAGCAGCGCCCGCCCAGCUGGAGGCUCGCAGCCGCCCUCGUUGGGGGAGGCUCCCUGGCGGCGUGUUACGGCGGGCGGCCGGGCGUGUUCCCCGCGGUCCUGGCUCAGAAGGAAGAUGUUAUUAAUGCGGAAAGGGACGAAAGACUGUCUCUUCGGAAGCAUCGUUUCAUGCAUUUUGCAUCAUUGGAAUAUGAAGGAGAAUAUUACAUGACACCAAGAGAUUUCUUGUUCUCAGUAAUGUUUGAUCAAGUUGAACGUAAAGCCUCAGCCAAGAAACUGACAAAAAAGGAGGUAGAUGCUGCACUGCUGUGUGUUGCCAAAGCUAAACCAGGACCGACCUUUUUUAGAGAGCUUGGUGAUAAAGGGAUGAUAUCUUAUGCAGAGUACCUAUUUUUACUCACAAUCCUUACGAAACCCCAGACUGGAUUUCAGAUUGCUUUUAAAAUGUUGGAUACAGAUGGCAAUGAACAAGUUGAAAAGAAAGAAUUCUUUAAGCUACAGAGAAUCAUUGGGAAGGAAGAUGAUUUGAAAAUAGCUGGAGACGAAACAGUAUUUCGGGGAUCAGAACUGGAAGGCUCUGGUGUUAAUACCAUGUUGCUGGUACAUUUCUUUGGAAAAGAAGGAAAAGAAAAACUUCGCUAUUCUGAAUUUUUCAGAUUCAUGGAAAAUCUGCAAACAGAAGUCCAAGAAAUGGAAUUCAUAAAGUUUUCAAAGGGUUUGAAUGUCAUGAGAAAAGAAGACUUUGCAGAGUGGUUACUGUACUUCACCGAUGAGGAAAACAAUGAAAUUUACUGGCAGAACGUGAAAGACAGAAUUGAAGCAGGAGAGAAUAUCAGUUUGGAAGAAUUCAAGACUUUCUGCAAGUUUACAAACAACCUGGAAGACUUUUCUAUUGCCAUGCAGAUGUUUACUGGAGCCAAUCGUCCUGUUAAACGGGCUGAGUUCAAGAGAGCAGUGAAGGUGGCAACAGGGCAGGAGCUCUCAGAUAAUGUUCUGGAUACCAUCUUCAAGAUUUUUGAUCUAGAUGGAGACGACUGCCUGAGCCAUGGCGAGUUUCUUGGAGUCCUGAGGAACCGAAUUCAUCGAGGUUUGAGGGUACCACAACAGCAAGGCAUUCAAGGUUACUGGAAAUGUGUGAAAAGAGAAAGCAUUAAAGGAGCCAAAGAAGUGUGGAAGCAAACUGGGAAAAGUCCGUUUUAAAGCAGUCCAUUGUUCUUUUGCUAUAAAUGUUGUUAUUUAGAGGAGUUUGUCUGUCCUGUUUACAUAAGAGCUAAAUCAAAAAGACUUUUUUUUUACUAUCGUUAAACUUUAAUGAACCCAGUUUCUAAUGCAAUAAUUUUAUAUCGUUCUAGUGCAAUCGGUUUGGUUUACAGAACUGUUAUCGCUUUUGACCUCCAUACAGAAGUACUUUUGUUCUAGGGAAUAGUGUUGUUUACUCCUCUGUGGAGUCUGACCCUGCACUGUAGCGUACAGGAUACACCAGGCUUAAUAGUGGCCACUGGCAGGAACGUCACAGCAAUAUCAUCUCCUGUUGGAAGAGCGGGCAUCUGAGAUGUCCGCUCUUAGCCAUGUUAGCCACUAACACGGCAGUUCUCUUUCCCUGGCAGGGACAGAGGUCCAAAACACGAAACCACUUGCACAAUCCAUGCAAAUCAAGUUAUCCUAAAUCAGAAAGGAAAAUUCACGUGGUCCGUGCCCUCAUUACUGUGAACUGCUCAUGUGCUAGUUCCUGGUGGAUGAUUCCACCAGAUCCUGUGUGGAUGUUUGGUUUGUCUACCUUCAUGAUGAUAAUAUUAAACUGGAAAUAUAAGACUGUUGAUAUAAUCUUUAAAAGUUGUACAUGGAUCUAUGAAUGUGCAGAGUCUCUCAGACCUCUUCAACAAAGAGUAUAAGUGAGAAGCAGAAAUCCUCAUUCUAUCAUAAACAGCAGUAACUACAAUUUGAAUCAUAACUGUGUUGCUUUAAUUGUACUGCAGAAGGUGAAUGUGUAACAAAUAGUUUCUUUAUCUUAGUAAACGUUGUGACAGGGAAUGCUGCAGUAUCUCAGGAAUUCAAGAUCGUAAUAAGUGUUGGGGAAAAAUAAGUCCAAUGAAAAGUAAAUAAAAAUGUUUAUUAUUCCAAACUUUAAAGUUAGACAUAAGAUCUUAAACAGUAAAGCAAGGAACACAUCAAAAUUAACAUUUAGCAACUAUAGAUUAAUAAUUUUUAGCUAUAACACAGUGCACAUCUGUGUAUAUACAUGUGUGCAUGUUACAUGUUUUUUCUUUCUUACAGCCUUAGGAGCUGAUAGUCCCAGGUCCAGAUCAGCCUUCCUGGCUGGCCACUUUAUACAGGAGAUAGACUUACCCAUAAAGCUCUCAAGAUUCUUCCUCUUUCCCCCUCCCAGUUGUCUGACUUGUCUUGGCUGUGGUGAAAGCUUGACCUUCCAAGAUGGGUUUGUGAUAACAGACUCAAAAGAGGGACUGGGGAAAUGUCUCCAAGAAACGUCACCACUCUGUGAGGAAGUAUCCAUCCCUUUUAAGCAUGACACUAGCCGUGUUAUUCUCAAAGUUGUAUAUAAGCUCAACAGGAGGCGUUUGGUUGUCAUUUCUUUGGGGUUUGAAUGGGGGAGCCUUGAGAAGAGGGGAACCUUCCAUGAUAGAUACCAGAGCAGCCCUCACUCAGAUGAGGGACAGGAGACACUGCAUUAGGAAGCCAUAAAGAUGCCACCUAAGGAGUACUGAGAUUACAGAGAAUGUAUUUGGUAUGUCAGUACUUGCCAGGCAAGCUUGUGCUGAGGAGGGGUCCUCCCACCUGAGCCUCAGUCCGGUGGUCUCAUGUAGGGAAAUAGAGUGAGAAGGUAGCAAAGCAGCAGUGUGCCACUCUUCCCUCCACGGCCUUCACUUGCAGCUUUAAAUUGUGUUACAGAGAAAAUGCUUGUACUCUUGUCAUCUGUGGAGUGCACCCAGAGUCACCCACCAGAACAAGAGCAUGUCUGUGCAGGUGUCCUGAGACCUGUCUAGAAGAUCAGGCACUGGUAACCACCAAGGAUCCUUUAGUUCCCCAGGAAACCAUCAGAAUAAAAUAAAAUGCAGUAAGUGCCUCAGCCUCGCCCCAUCAAACUUAACAUAUGCCCCACUCAGGGGGCACCAGGAAAUCAGGUAGCUGGUUUACUUUGUGUGUUUGGAAGUUGCUUGCUGCUUCUGGUGAUGGGAGCUAUGAGAAAGAGCUAACGGGAGCAAAGGCGGGGUGGUGGGACUGGCAUCGAAGUACCCCAGCCAGCUUCACAACACCAAAUAGUAAAAGACACAAUCGAGCAAGAUGCAUCUGUAUCACAAAAGUCUGUGUUCACCCGACAUGUGCUUAGUUCCAGCUCUGCCCUUAAUGCAAGGCUGCCUUUACUUGUUGCUGUUAAUAUUUUGGCAAAUCAUUUUUACUUUGGAAUGGAGAUUAUUCUUUAACAUUUUUAUCCUGUGUAAUGUUAAUGGGUUUGUGAUGUUCUUUAUUGCUUUUGUGGUUUCUUUCGUUUACGAAUUACUUGCUUCCUACAAGCUGUUUGGUUUUCUUUUGGAAGCAUCAAUUCAUUUAGCUUUAGUGUAUCUAGAAGUUUAAUUCCUCAUUGCUCAUUUGUAUCUGGGUUUGUGCAAUCAGCAGUAUCUGCUUUUGGCAGCAAGUUACUAAAAAUGGGUUUUCAGGUUUUAUUUUUUAGCAAGAGCUUUGGUGUCAAGUUCAGAGGAAAAUGAGAAGAGAUACGCGCAUUUUUAAAUUAACUUUGUAGUAAAAAAAAGAAAUUAAAUUAUUGAAUAGGAGUUAAAAUACAGUUAUGAAACAUUCUCACAAGCUAUCCUGAAAGUAUAGCUGGGAAGAACUACUUUGAAGACCAGGGAAGACUUGUCCAUCAGGGUUGAAGAAUCAGCCUCUUCAAUUUUAUAGUCUGUUUUUGUUUGUCUUAACUUAAAGGCUUUACAAAACUGUCUUAAAUAAUUUCUCAUGUUCUGAUUUCUCAACCUUAGGUGGAAAGAGCUGUUUACAUGUUUAGAUUGACCUUGUCUUGUAAGGAAUCCAUCGUAGUUUUAGCAUUAGAAGGUUUAGUUUCUUUUAGUAGCUGUAUGGUAUUUGCAACCUGCCUGUCAGCAUUACUCACACACAGUUUAGUUAAUCUGCUGCCAAUCUAUCAGUUAAACUUAGCAGUUCUGACUUUUUUUAACUCUUCCUCCAAACAGAAAUAUAUACAAAAACUAAAUAAAAUUCAUUUUUCUAAAAA